GGCUGGAGAGAAAAGCGCCAAAAAGAAAUAACCACCUCGCCCUUCCUUCCAUCCCCUCCACCACAGCCAGGCGAAGGCGGCGGCGGCGGCGGCGGCGGCGCUUUUCUUUCCACCACCACCACCUCGCUUCCUCGUCUCGUCUCGUCUCGUCUCGUCGGAGCAAUGGCUCUAUCUCCGCCGCAACGGAUUGCUCUCAUCAUCACUUUCUUUGGUCUUCUGGCAUUCGUACUUGGUGUCAUCUCAGAAAAUAAAAAGCCUGCUUCUGGAACACCUAUCCAAGGAAAGGAUGUUGUCAUCUGCAAGUUCCCAAGUGAUCCAACUCUUGCAAUGGGAAGUCUGUCCCUUGUGGCGCUGGUACUAGCUGCUAUCAUAGGGCACGUUGCUAUCUUUUAUCCAUACUCAGGCAAGUCAGUUCCUCGUGGAGCAUUGUUUCAAAGCACCAGCUUGUCUGUGUUCUUCGUUGUUGCUGAGCUUGUCUCAUUCCUGGCUUUUGCAAUGUUGCUCUGGGCGACGGUCACUGAGGGCCUUCACCGCACCCAUAACAUCCACCACGACAUGAACUACCAGUGCCCUACUGCAAAGACUGGCCUGUUUGGUGGUGCCGCUUUCCUUGCCCUCGACGCUUCUCUCUUCUGGCUCGUUUGCCAGAUGCUGGCCCUCAACGCAAGGGCUGACUAUCUGGACGAGGAUGACAACAAGGGCGAAUAUGGCCAGGUUUACGCUGCUGAAAUUGAAGGUUCUAAGGUCUGAGCCCAUGCGGCUAUGCUCUUCAGGGGUUUAUGAUUAGUGUCACUUAGCUAUAUUAUGUCGUCAACAAAGUUGCUUUAGCUCUCUUAAAUUUGUAUAUAUAUAUGUCACACCGGUUGCAAAGCCGUACGUAAGGCUGUUGCUCAUUCUGCAUUUUCAUAUUUCAGUGUGAAGCAUAAACUGCAUUCCCAAUACAGUUGGUUUGCUACUUCCCUAAGUGAACUGUAAUCUUAUUUGUUAUCAUUGCGGUA